UUUCCCAGAGGCUGGGCUUGCGGCCUCUGGUGCCCAACCGCAGCUGUCACUCUCCGCCCGGGAGCAAGGGGCAGCCGUCGCAGUACCGCUGGAAGGACAAGGGGCUGCGCUGCAUCGGAGGGAUCAUGUACAGGGUGUCGGCGAACAAGCUCGCCAAAACCUCCAGUGCUCCGGCCAGGAGUGGAGAAGCCCCGUCUAGGAGCCACGCCAGGACAGCGAGGCUCGAUUCAGCACUCGGCACACCUGGCUAUUCUCCACCCGGUUGCUCAAGCAGGCAGGCCACGACCCGGUACAUCGCAAGCCGCGCCGUCCAGCGUAGCUUGGCCAUCAUUCGCCAGGCCAAGCAGAAGAAGGAGAAGAAGAAAGAAUACUGCAUGUACUACAACCGCUUCGGCAAAUGCAACCGUGGCGAGAGCUGCCCCUACAUCCACGACCCAGACAAGGUGGCUGUGUGCACAAGGUUUCUCCGUGGCACGUGCAAGAAGACAGAUGGGACAUGUCCAUUUUCCCACAAGGUUUCGAAGGACAAGAUGCCCGUCUGCUCUUACUUUCUGAAAGGCAUCUGCAACAACAGCGACUGCCCUUAUAGCCACGUCUACGUCUCCAGGAAAGCAGAGGUGUGCCCAGACUUCCUGAAGGGCUACUGUCCCCUGGGGGAGAAGUGCAAGAAGAAACACACGCUCGUGUGCCCAGACUUCGCCAAGCGUGGAAUCUGCCCAAAGGGCUCCCAGUGCAAGCUGCAUCAUCCCCAGAGGAGGAAUCCGGCCAGGCAGCCUGGCCCCGGGAGCUCCUUCCAGCACGAAUGCUCAACACCAAAGCGGGCCCCCCCGGCAGGCCAGAUGUUGUGGAAACUGGCGAAAGAAGAAACCCCGGGACCUUCGGGAGCAGAGCAGGGCGGGGACAUCUGGACCCCCAAGGUCCCUUCGCAGACCAGCCGGCUAACGAAACUGCCAUCCUUUAUCUCUCUGCAAUCUCCCCCCACCUCUCUUGGCGAGGAAGACCACAAGCCCGAGAGAGAGAAGAGUGGGGAGGAAGCAGGGAAGCCACUGCAGAUCAAGCCGCGGCUGUGACGGGGCCUCCCCGGAGCGGCCCCCGCCGCCUGCGCGCUCCAGUCGGCCCUCUCAGGGAUCCGAGGCUGCUCGGCAACUACCUCAGGAAGGCACUACGACGGCGAAGGCCUCCCUCACCUCUUCCCUCUGCGCAAGGAGCGGGCGACCAGCAACCGACCGACCGACGAGGCCGGCUGCCUGCUUUCCUGGCGAGCAGCCUCCCCUCCGUGCCUCCUUGCGCUCCUCCUUCGGCUCAGCGGUGGGCCUCUGCCGGGGUGUGGGCAGAAUCUCUGCCAGUCCGGCCAGCCGUGGCCCGCCGGCCUCGGGGGGACGCGCGGUGGCCGGCGGCUUGGCAUCGCGGGCCGGAGGUCGACAGGCCCCGGGGCUCCGCCUGGCGAGGCUCUUGGCUACCGCGCCCCCGUCCCCAGCUGUGGGCCGGCCACUUGCGGCAUCGCACGGAAUCCCGGGGCGCCUCUCGGAUCCUGAGAGACGCCUCCCUUGGGGGCCCUGCAUCCGGCUCUCUGUGGCGCAGGAGCAGGGUGAUUGUGGACGGGCCCCAGUCACAGGGCUGCG